AAAACCGUGUGUUCUCUAAAGUCUAAACCCUCACUUUUGCGGUUGCUCACUGCUCAUCACACUAUUCCAGUACCUGCGUUAAAGCUUACCUCUCUCUCUCUCUCGUUGCUUGUAGCCCUUUUCUCAUUGCUGAAAGCUGGGUGUAGAUGGUUGAUGUUUGACAUAGGCAUGCAUCUAAGGUCCUAAACACAUGGGCCCAAGCAGCUUUCUAUGGAAUUUUACUAAAAAGUUCGUCACAGCUGGGCUCGUUACUCUGACUGUGUCUGAUCGUUAUGCGAGCGUUGUUCCGGUUCGAGGUGCCUCGAUGUCUCCCACAUUUAAUCCUAAAACUGGUUCUUUGAUGAGAGAUUUUUCUGAUGACUAUGUCUUGGUUGAGAAAAUUUGCCUUCAGGAGUACAAGUUUUCACAUGGAGAUGUGGUGGUCUUCUGCUCCCCAUUGAAUCACAAGGAGAGACACAUAAAAAGAAUAGUUGCAUUACCUGGUGAAUGGUUUGGCACCCGUCAUAACCAUGAUGUGCUGAAGAUUCCAGAAGGACAUUGUUGGGUUGAGGGAGACAAUGCAGCUACUAGCGAGGAUUCAAACUCAUUUGGACCUAUUCCCUUGGGUCUAGUUCGAGGAAGGGUGACCCAUGUUGUGUGGCCUCUUCAAAGAAUAGGAGCUGUCAAAAGUACUCCACCAGAAAGAUUAUCAUUAUAGUUGGAUCCUAUUUUUGUUUUGAUCUCUAUCAUUAAUGUUGUUCCUUUAGGUGUGAAAAACCGUUCUUUACUCUAUUUUUGUCAUUGGGGAGGGGAGAUUUACUAUCCUAUUUGUUGAUUGGAUUAGUAUAAAACAUUGAAUCUUCAAAUGUUGAUUACAUU